CGAGGAGGACACCGGAGAGGACGACCGCAUGACCUUACGAUCGGCUAGAGGACCGGUAUCCCAUGUGUCAAUAGGACCGGAGGAGAGUGAUAGGGAACUGUUCCGCGGACAAAGGGAAAGGAGAGCUAGAGCAGCCGAGGCCAGGAGGGCAUUUGCUAGUGAGGCCAGUGCUAUAGCAGCCAUGGCUACCACAACCAUGAGCACGUCUGCGCAGCAGACUUCCCAAGCCAGAAGUUUAGGUACCGUCGGGUCCACGGUCGUACAGACCAAUACAACUGCUAAUGCCUUGAGGUACAAUGGGGCAGUGCAUUGUGCGUUGCACACUUUGCGGUCUGAAGGGAUCCGCGGGCUGUACAGAGGAGCCACGUCUUCUUUUGUGGGAGUGUCCAUCGAAAGUUCUGUCCUGUUUGGUGUGUACUCGCAGAUGAAGAUGGCCCUCCAGGCAGGGGAGCGCUCUUCUCCAUCGUUUUCGACAUUGGUGGCGUCAUCGAUGCUGGCGGGAAGCGCCGUCAGCAUGGUCCUAUGUCCCACAGAGCUUGUGAAGGUGAAUAUUUAAAAUGUAGUGUUUAUCUAAUACGUUAAUUACCAAUAAAUUGAUAAAUCCUGAACGUGUUG